GCCAGCCGCCAAACAAUUCUAACAGCUGAUAGCACUGGUUGUAUGAGACUCGUUGCUGCGAAAUUUUAAACGUUCGAAGUAAUUUCUCUCGCCUGUAUGGACAAAAAAUUAUUUGCAGUCGAAUUAAGAAGGUCUUAAAAAUGGACGAUGACGAGUUCACCGGCGCCGGCGACCAUUUAGCCAAAAUCAAAGCAGCCAUCAGCGCACAGCUCAAGAAUGCCAGCUCGGACGUUGACAUUUUUUCUGUUCUUGGGAGUGGAACAAAAUCAAAGAGGGCUUCCAAUGAAAAAUGUGCUGCUUCUUCCGACACAACAGAAAAGGAACCUAGUCCCCCGAAAAUCAAGAAAGUAGUCCAAGAAGAUUUGUCGCCAGAAAUUGUAGCCAGUGAUGUCGAGGAAAGCCCAGAUGAAAGCCAGGAUGAAAUAUUGUUAAGCUCAGACGAUGAAUACACUUUGGCAGCAAUUGAUUCUGCAAAACGCAAAACUGAGAAGGAAAACAACAAUCGCAAGCACCACUUCAGGAUGAGAGAGUACGACGCAUCAUUCAAUGAGGAUCAGAAAAUUCUUUCUUACCUGGACCACGUCAACCAGAAGGACAGCGAAGACAAAUUGAGGGAAAAGCACGAACACUCUACUGAAUCGGAGCAGAACUGUGAAAUGAACGUCAAAGUGCGGUGGAACUGCGGCCGCAUUGAACGCUACCGACUGCGCAAAAUGCAGCCCUUCAAGGUCGUGUUUGAAGCGCUGUCCAUAAAGCACGACAUUGCUGUGGACAAGAUCAUGCUCGAGUAUGGCGACGACCAUCGAAUUUGCCCUGGAGACACGCCCGACAGCCUUGGAAUCACGGUCGCGCACAUCUUGAAUGGCUGCGCUCUGAGGGAAAAGGUCGGCAAGCCGUCACUCGAGGACAGGAACAAGGACAAACUGGAGAUCAAGAUUCAGUUCCCUGACCGAAAAGUGGACAAGAUCAGUUUCUACCUCGAUCCAGAGGAGAACUUCUCCAAAAUUUACAUGACGCUGGCCGAAACGCUGCAGCUGUCGGUGGAGAAGCUGAGACUGCAGUUUGAGGGAGAAUUGGUCGACCAGAAGCAAACUGCCGAGGACCUUGAUUUGGAAAGUGGCGACGUGGUUGACUGCCUCACUCUGAGUUAAGUAGAGUCACUCAUUCUCAUUUUUUUGUCCAAAGCAUUUAUCUCUCCAAGACUGGCAGUCUUAAGAAAGUUGCAAUCCAGUUUAACUGUGUACAUAGUUAUUCUUCCAAGUGUUAAUAAUAAAAAGAAUUAUUUAAAACUGAAAUUUGAUUGAUAACGGCAAACAAAAAAUACUCUUAGUCUCGUUCUAAAAUUUCGUUACUGAUAGAUGUAAAAAUUAGCGUUAUGUAAUAUUUUUGAAUUUGAGUUUAACGUGAAUAACGGCUUUUCCCAUAAUUUCUAGUAAUAAUUUCAUGAUCUAUUCUCGUGUACGCGUUGUAUAAUUUCGUAAAAAUUGUCAGGUUUUAAAAACAGCUAAAGCUAUGGAGUAGCAAAAAAUUUUACAUUUGAAAAUAAAUGACCACUCUGAAGAGUCUGAAGACAGUAGUUGGGUUAGAGUGGUGUUUUUAAAAUCUUUAAAUUUCCAGAAUUUUCAAAACGCCCCGAUGAUUUGACUGUCUGAAACCUAACCUUUCUGGAAAUCUGCUCCUCAAGAUGAAUUUUAUUCAAUUUUCAGUUUUGGAUAAACCUUAAAUUUGGCUUUUCCCGGCAGGCUCUUGGAAAAUCGCAUAAUGACGGCUUGUUGGAUGUAUUUUUUAUUUUUCGGAGAUAUUACUAAAGACCCUAGCUAAAAUUUGGCUGUCAUUCAACAACAAACUCGGAUCCUUAUGAAAAUGGACAAUUUUUAUUUUGUUUAAAAUUCAAAAACUAAAUUUUCCUUCUCUCUCAGCAUCUCAUUCUUUACUUGCACGCCAAAUUUGAAGUUUUGUUUAAAGAGAUUUGUGCCUUAAGCCUUUGGUUCUUUUGAAUUUUUAUAGCAAAAAUUGCAGAUAUCCCUUUGGUCGAUUUCUUUCCUUCAUUCCUGGUCUUAGCGAAGAAUUUCCGCUAGAGAGACAGGCGGCAUUAUUUAUUAUUAUUUUUUUUUGUCAAUAACUUUGAUCAUUCCCCGGCCAUCAACCCCUACAUGAACGGGGUUCGCAUUAAUCCACUGCUUUGCAAAAAAAAACUUAUUUUUGCGUUUUUUUUCUGCAAUUUUUAUUGAAGAUAAAAAUAUUCUCAUGGUGGAUUUCCUCAAAACAAGGAUUUUUAAAAAAUCAGUUAAAAGCCACUGGUUUCCAUAAGACCGAAAAUUGUAACACUCGCAUCACGGUAAUUUCCCAAAGUUUCUGACUUUUUUGUGACCUUUUCGGGGUUAUCAAUUUGGAUAAAUGCGGGAAAAUCCAAAACACAUGUUUUUCCAGCUUUUUUUGUACAAAAGUAAAUUAUGCAUUUUUUCCAUUGCAAAAUUGGCAAACCCUGUUCACGAAUCCACCCUAUAUGCACUCCCUUGCCGUCUGCUUGUAAAAUGGACCUCAUUCGGAAUCGGCACAAAAUUUUGGCAUGGAAAACACUUCCAAAGUUUUUUAACAUGGGAAUCAGACAUGAAAAUUUCUUCAUCUUCACUUUCGCGAAAAAACCUGGACAGAUUCUGAACACCCUCCCGUUAAAAUUAUGCUUGACUAACUCGAUCAUUUUCAAAAUCUUAAUCGUAACCCUGACAUAGCAAGUAACAGGGGUAGAUAUUUAAAAAUUUCAUGUUUCAUAAUUAUAAUUUGAUUGGCUAACAUUUUCUACACUUUAUAAAUGCCAAAAAUAUCAAAUUUGCUAGUUGAUCGACUGAAAAACAAUAUUAUUGGCUUCUAGAAUUAUUUUUUGUUAGGGAAAGACGUUGUAAAUGAAACCAAGUGUGUUAUUAUGUGGUUCGCACAUUUUUAUUUUAUGAUCUCAUCAAACAAUCCACUCAUCCACCAAUCAUAAUAGUUAUACGCUUUAAUAAAUCAUUUCAUAGAAAACAAUAGCGAGAGAAUCAACCAAUGCGCUUAUUGGUAGACAUUCUUUCGGUUUCUCAUUUUAACAAAUAUCGUGAAUGUCUAGAAAUAGUUUAUUACAUUACGAUGAUAGGAGUCUUUGAUAAAAUGUGAGUUUCUAUCUCAUUGAAAGCUUUAUUUUCCAUAUUUACAUGUGAAUAAUAAAUUCCACCGUUUGAAAUGUACACCUUGAUACAUCAUACACAUCUGUUUUUGUUAUUUCUUUGCAACAGCAGCAGGACACACACUUUCAGAAAAUAGAAAAUCAAUGAAAAACUCUUAGCAUUUACAUAAUUAUACAUAUUAGAAAUAAGUGCUCUCGUAAACAAUUCUUGGUUUGCAGCUUAUUGAUUUUGAGAAAUAGAGUUGUGCUUCACAGUUCAAACUUGUUCAUCCAUUGAUAAAUAUUAUAAGGAGUUGUUGUUUUAACUUAUCGGUUGAUAUUCUCGUUUUUACGAUUUGUGACAGUAGAAAUGGUACAAGUAUCAUGCUUAUCUGACUCGUUUGUUACCCUAAUUGGAAAAGAGAUGCAACUUUUUGCUCCUCGCCCAUGACUAUUUAUGUACAAAGAAGAAAGAAACUCGCUUUCUCCGAUUAACAACUUGUGUGUGAAUUGAAUCGGCU